GGGAGCAAGUGUCUAACGCGCCUCGCCUGGGACACUCCCUCGCUCUGCGCAUGCGCAUUCAAUCACCAGACCGCAGAGAUGAGACGGUUGUUGUGAGAACUGCCCGGUGAACGAGCAGGUGUAUUUCGGAUCCUGUCGCCGAGGGGAGGCUCGUCAAACAACAACAACAACAACAACAACAACAACAACAACAACAACAUGUUUGGUAAGAAGAAGAGAGCACCGCAGCCCAGAGGCAAAGGAGCUGCUGCAGCCAAGCAGAUGGGUCUGUUUGUGGACCUGGGCCCCGAGGAGAUGAUGAUGGGUAUGGAGGAGGAGAAUCUGGACGACUCAGACCUGGAGGCCGAACUUGCUACGAUCACCGGAGAUAAAGCUGCUGCCACAGGGAGAGCGAGGCAGAAGGGGAAGAGCCCCUUACCCAUGGAAGACAUCGCAAGAAUGGCUGACGAGUGUAUGAGAGACGUUGACGAAGAUGACGACGACGAUAACGUGGAAGACGACGAAGAUCUGAUGGCCGAACUGCAGGAAGUGGUGGGUGACGGGGAAUCCGAGGAUGUUGCAACCGUUUCUUCCACAUCCCCGCCACCGCAGCAGGAGGAAGUGAAAGUGUCCUCAGCCGCCCCCGGCAGCCUCCAGCACACCCUGGAGGAGAGGGCAGCCAUGUACACGGCGGCCUUACAGAACGCCAAGAGCGCAGGGGAGACUUCUAAAGCCAGGAGAUUCGAGCGUGGUCUGAAGACGUUGGAGAUGAUGUUAGCUGCUGUGAAAAAGGGGAGGCCCGUGAACGAGGCAGAAAUCCCUCCCCCUGUUUCCACCGGAGCCCCGAGCGCUGCCUCGAGCGCUGCCCCUCGGCCCGCAGCUCCCAAGCGACCCGCUCCCCCCGUACCCCCGCGUCCUGAACCGACUCCUUCAGCUCAACAGGAGGAGUCGGAAGCCGCAACGCUUCCACCUGCAGUACCAAAGAUCGUUACGCCCACCAGCAAAGAGGAGCAGUCGUCGACCACCAGCACCACCACCACCACAACCACGCCCCUUCUGAGCAGCGCCCCGUCUCCAGAGGAACAGGCACAGAAGCCUGCCUUCCCGCCGCAGCUCAGUCAGACAGAGGUCAACGAGGUCACCAAGAAGAUGCUGCUGGAGCGGCAGAGGGAAUACAAGAUGGCAGCGCUGAGGGCCAAGAAGCAGGGAGACGUGGAGCAGGCGAAACUCCACUUCAAGGAGAGCAAGAGGUUCGAUGCAGUGAUUGAGUCUCUGGAGAAAGGACAAGCAGUCGACCUGAGCGGCCUCCCUCCAUCUCGAGGACAGGCCCCUGCAGCUCCCAGAGACGUGCUGGACGCUUUGGAGCAGAGACGGGCAAAGUAUGCGGAGGCGUCCGCUCAGGCUAAAGCCAGCGGAGAUGACCGCAAGGCCCGAAUGCACGACCGCAUCGCCAAACAAUACCAGAGCGCCAUCCGAGCUCACAAGGCAGGAAAGGCGGUCGACUUCGAUGAGCUGCCGGUUCCCCCUGGCUUUCCUCCAAUCCCGGGCCAGAAAGCCACAGGAGCCGAGCAGGGAUUCGUCGCCGCUCUGGAGGCAGCCGAUAAGCUCGCCUCUACGGAUCCUGCUGAAGUACCAGAUGAAGAAGAAGUGGAUGAGGAGAAAGAAGAGAAGCCUGCUGUUCCAGAGGAGCCAAAGAAGCUGACAUUAGACGUCUCCACCGCAGGUCAGGGACGGAAAAGGACUCCGUCAGCUUCACCUGACAGAUCGGCUGCAAGGGAAGGACUCUCACCAACAGCGGCUCAGCAGCUCGAGUUCCUGGAGGGCCGGAAGAGGCAGUACCUGAAGGCGGCGCUGCAGGCCAAGCAGAAGAACGACCUGGAGCAGGCCAAGAACUUCCUCCGCUCGGCCAAGGGCCUCGACGCCACGAUCGAGACGGCACGCAGCGGGAAAACAGUAGACAUCAGCGCGUUGCCGUCGCCCCCUGGUGACGAAGAAGACGACUUCAUCCUGGUUCAUCACAGCGAUGUCCAGAUCUCGGAGAAAGCCGAACAGGUUUACACACAACUGGCCAAGAUCCUCAAAGAGCAGUACGAGAAAUGUAUGACUCACUCCAAGCAGUUCACACACCUGGGGAACGUCUCCGAGACCACAAAGUUUGAGAAGAUGGCGGACAGUUGUAAGCAGAGCCUGGAGGUCCUGAAGCUGGCUCAGUCGAGGGGUCUAGCUCCUCCGAAACAUCACUUUGAGGAGAGAUCGUUUCACACCGUCAGGAUAUUUCCAGAGCUGAGCAGCACUGACAUGGUUGUUGUUGUUGUAAAAGGGAUGAAUCUUCCUGCGCCAAGUGGGAUUCAAGCAAACGAUCUGGACGCUUAUGUCAAGGUUGACUUCCCCUACCCCAGCAGCGAGCAGCCUCAGAAACACAAAACAACUGUCAUCAAGAACACUAACUCCCCAGACUACAACCAGAGCUUCACGCUGUCAAUCAACCGCAACCACCGCGGCUUCAGGAGGGUGGUGACGUCCAAGGGCCUCAAACUGGAGCUGCUGCACAAAGGAGGUUUCCUACGGAACGACAAGUCGAUUGGAACGGCGCUCGUGAAGCUGGACAAACUGGAGACACAGAGCGAAAUCAGGGAAAUCGUAGAGGUGAUGGACGGUCGUAAACCCACCGGAGGUCGUAUUGAAGUGAAGGUCCGACUGCGGGAGCCCCUGAGCGGUCAGGACAUGCAGACGAGCACCGAGCGCUGGCUGGUGAUCGACCAAUCACAGGUUCUUGUCUAGACGAUCCUGCGAGAUUAAAACUAAUUCACGAGAUACAGAUUGAAAAGGCACUUAAUCAGAAAACACUCGGACCGACUUGGGUCCUUUGACUUUUUCAAAAGGUUUGCACAUGUUGCGAGACACGAGCUCCCUCUCACGGCCGCUCUGCUCGCCUGCGGUCUGAGGAGCGUCAGACCGUCGGCUCAAGACGCAUCAGAAGACGUUUUCCUCUGGCGGCGGCGUCAGCGCGGCUCCCGAAGGAGCUCGGUGUCGAGCUCGACCUGAAUCCUGCUGCCCGACCAUAUAUAGUUAAUAUAAUAUAGAGAAGAGAAGAGAGAAAAAAUGUUGUACAUAUUCCUUUAUAUAUUAUGACAGCUCUGGUAUCUAGAACUGCACCUAUGCACUAAUACCAAAGUAAUCACUGUUGCUGUCGAAUCCUGCAUAUUUGAAAAUCGCCUCUCGCUGCCGAACCUGCUGCAACGGACGACGCGAGUUAACGACACGUGACUAAUUCAUGGGUUGGGGGUUUCUUCUUCUUCUUCGUUUCCACACUAUUUAAAUAAAUAUUCUCGGCCCCGUCACGUAUGUUACAGAGGAGUAAGCCAAGGAAUUUUUGAUCCUAUACAAGGUACAGAUUAUAUGUCAAACUUAUUUUAAGGACCACACUCCCUUUUUCUUUUUCUUUUUUGACACCUUUCACUUUGAUUACUAAACACUCAUUUAUCUGUGGCUUCAGGUGAGUUUGAUGUGUGUUUACACUAAAAUAGCACAAAUAUGAGAAACAAACGCUUUCCAAGGUUUUAAACUUAAAACAUAUUUUCAUUAUUUCAUGGCAGAUUCAAGUUAAAUAGCCUCCUACCACUUAUCUUAGUUAAAGGAAUAGUUCAACCUCUUUUUGGGAAAUUCACUCGGUGCGUAAGAUGAAAGGAUCAACACCACUCGUAUGUCGGAGUUAAACGUGAAGCUGGAGUCAGGAUGCAGUGAGCUUAGCUAAGCAUAAAGACUAGAAGCUCUCUUACACGCCAGGCUAACCGUUUCCCCCUGCUUCUAGAUAAUCGCCUCCAGCUCAGCGCACAGACAUAUGAGUGAUGUUGAUCUUCUCGCCUGACUCUCAACCAGAAAGCAAAAAAGAAAAUUCCCAUAACUUAAACAAAAAACUAUGCAUCAGUUCUCUCGUGGUGGAAACUCAAUGUUGGAUUAGUGUAAGUGGGUUAAAGGGCCAGUUCACCCAAAUUAACAAAAAAAGUAAUGUAAUUUGUGGUAUUUUAUUGGAUCUGAAUCGUUUUCCAAUCCAUCAUCGCAUCUUUUGAAGUGCUUGGUUUGAUGUGGGAUCAAUAAUUGUUAGUUUCAAUUAACGUUUUUUUUUAUCCUGUCAUGUUUUUAUGGUAAUAGUGAUUUUUGUUUCAGUUACCAGACAUCACAGCAGUUACCCCCGUUCUGUACUUCACCGAAGCUUCAUAAAAACAACACAGUGAAAAUAUUAAUUGUACUUCAUCAUCAUUGUUCAGUGAAUGAUGCUCUAACCGUAUGUUUUAACAACUUGGAACUUGAUCCAAAAUGAUCCCGGCGACUGAAACCCAUCACUAGUUUAACAUCUUUCAGCUUGUUGUAUGGGUUUUAAAGCCCACAAAUAAAAGGAAAAAAAGGAAAUUAAAGCCACAUUGUGACAUUUUUUAAUUUUUUUAUUUGAGUGAACUGACCUUUUAAAAGUUUCAACAUCAACAUUGAAACAAACGCUGACAGAGGAAUCCAUAAAGAAAUAAAGAUGCUGAGUCGACCACAUGAAUCUCAUUUCCAACUGGUUUACCUCAACAAUGUCUGUCACAUUUAUUUAAGAUGCCAAACGUGUCUGAUUUCUCUUUUAUCAUUUGCUUUUCAAGAAAAACAUGUAUCUGUAUAACUGACGUCUAACUUACUAGAAACGUUGUCCUGAGUAAUUAAAACACUUGUUCCCAAUCGUUUUAUUUUUCUGUUGUAAUAUUUUUGGUCGCCUACAUUUCUACAAAGAUCUGCGACGUCAUGUUGCUAAAUAAAAAAUAUAUCUUGUUUUUAAUUUUGCACUGUGAAGUAUUUUCUAAUACUUGUUAAUUUCUUUGAGGAAAAAGUUGUGAGAAAAUUUAUGUUGAAGCAAAUAAAAGAAUCACCCAUUUCAA